UCCCAGCGGCGCCUCUUUCACUCGCUAACAUGCAGACGACAACUACUGCGUCCUUCGCUCCGGCUGGGCUCUAACGCCUGUAUGGAGCUCGUAGCUUUCAAUGAGAAGCAAAAGGCUAUUGUCAAGCAUGCCCAAAGCUCGUACAAAAAGGGCAAAAGGCCUGCGCAAGUUCUUGAUGAGGACAUCUAUGUGGACAGCUUGUCGCACAUUAUCAAGCGCGACUUUUUUCCAGGUCUUGAAACUCACUCGAGUAGUCAGAUAGAAGAUUCUCGACACAGCGGUAGUAUUAGACCGUCUAGCACACGAAUGCGCACGCCUCACUUUGCUCAAGAGGUUACCACCGAUGAGGCUCCGGGAAACAGUGACAAGCGACCAGCUUCAUCUCUCUCUCUUGACCGCUUUCAAGCUCGCUAUACCAGUGAAGACAAUGCUUCAUUUCAAGAGAUUCUGGACGAAGGCAACCUUGCUCGAAGGGAGAAGUACUCUUGGCUAUACAAGGACAACAAAACUUAUUCAGUCAAUACUGAAUAUCACGAAGAGCGACAGGCCUUGCAAGUCGAAGCUCAAGAAAAGCAACUUGUCAAAUCAUCAGACAGGCAGUCCAUUCGUCAUUCGCAUCCUCGCAAUGCUCUCAUGUUCACGCAUACUGGAUUAGAUCCCGACGAUGAACAAUCGUUGCAAGUUUCGCAUCAACCGCAAAUCAAUCAUGCCGCGACAGCACUUCCCGAUGCGACCAAAACCUCGGCUCCAGGGAGCCCGUCGGCAAGCCUUAUUGAGCGUGCCAUUCAGGGCGAUGUCGAGCCAGAUGAACCACAUGUAGGUGGCUUCACUUUUGUUGCGACACCAUUGCCGCAAGCACAAAAUCGCAAGCCAUUUGAAGCAGAGAAUCAGACCCGUGGAGGUGCAUUCAAGCUGCCUGAAGCGCAUCCGCACGAAGCGACGCUUGAUCGGUUGACGAGAGAUAUCAAGCGCAAGGGUAGCCAGACGCCCAAGGCUUCUCCACUUGCUCGCCUUUCGAACGCAACUCCAAAAUUCAAAAGCAGCCCAGUGGUCAGACGGUCCAUGUUGACUCCUGCCGCUAGCAGAAUGCUGGGCAAACAGGGUUCCAGCUCUCUUCGAGACAGUCUGACCACCCCUAAAACAAGACCUCAUUGAUGACCUCAUGGUGCGCUCGAGCGAGUUUCUACGUGGCCAUCUGAAAUAUGCAUGCUGGCUAAUUUCUGAAGACCGCACCGAUUUGUUCGGCGUCCAGCCGCGUCCUUCUGCAUGACUGGCCAUUACCUAGGAAGCUCAAGCUUGGCUCUGUAUCAUUCGCUGCAGCUGUUCGGU